AUGGACGUGCGGUUCUACCCCGCGGCGGCCGGGGACCCCGCCGGCCUGGACUUCGCGCAGUGCCUGGGCUACUACGGCUACAGCAAGUUUGGAAAUAACAAUAACUACAUGAAUAUGGCCGAGGCAAACAACGCUUUCUUUGCAGCCAGUGAGCAGACAUUCCAUACGCCAAGCCUGGGGGAUGAGGAGUUUGAGAUCCCCCCCAUUACGCCUCCUCCGGAGUCAGACCCCGCCCUGGGCAUGCCCGAUGUCCUCCUGCCCUUCCAAGGCCUCAGCGACCCGUUGCCUUCCCAGGGAAGUGAAUUCACGCCUCAGUUUCCCCCUCAAAGCCUGGAUCUUCCUUCCAUUACAAUCUCAAGAAACCUCGUGGAACAAGAUGGCGUGCUUCAUAGCAGUGGGCUGCAUAUGGACCAGAGCCACACGCAAGUGUCCCAGUACCGCCAGGACCCCUCCCUGAUCAUGCGCUCCAUCGCGCACAUGACCGACGCCGCGCGCUCGGGGGCCAUGCCUCCCGCCCAGCUCACCACCAUCAACCAGUCUCAGCUCAGCGCCCAGCUGGGCCUGAACUUGGGCGGCGCCAGCCUGCCCCACACGUCUCCUUCUCCUCCAGCGAGCAAGUCGGCAACUCCCUCCCCUUCCAGCUCCAUCAACGAGGAGGACGCCGAUGAGUCCAGCAGAGCCAUUGGAGAGAAAAGAGCUGCUCCAGACUCUGGCAAGAAGCCCAAGACUCCAAAGAAAAAGAAAAAGAAAGACCCCAAUGAGCCCCAGAAGCCAGUGUCAGCAUAUGCCCUGUUUUUCAGAGACACUCAGGCUGCAAUUAAAGGUCAAAACCCCAAUGCAACUUUUGGAGAGGUCUCAAAAAUCGUAGCGUCGAUGUGGGACAGCCUCGGAGAAGAACAGAAGCAGGUGUAUAAAAGGAAAACGGAAGCUGCCAAAAAGGAGUACCUGAAGGCCCUGGCCGCUUACAGGGCCAGCCUCGUCUCCAAGGCUGCCGCCGAAUCCGCAGAAGCCCAGACCAUCCGCUCUGUUCAGCAGACCCUGGCGUCCACCAAUCUGACAUCCUCCCUCCUCCUCAACCCUCCAUUGUCGCAACACGGAACAGUAUCAGCAUCACCCCAGACUCUCCAACAGUCGCUCCCCAGGUCGAUCGCGCCCAAACCCUUAACCAUGAGAGUCCCCAUGAACCAGAUUGUCACGUCGGUCACCAUCGCGGCCAACAUGCCAUCGAACAUUGGGGCCCCGCUCAUCAGCUCCAUGGGCGCGGCCAUGGUGGGUUCCGCGUCCUCCACCCAAGUGAGCCCUUCCGUGCAAACCCAGCAGCACCAGCUGCAGCUGCAGCAGCAACAGCAGCAACAGCAGCUCCAGCAGCAGCAGAUGCAGCAGCAGCAGCUCCAGCAGCACCAAAUGCAUCAGCAGAUCCAGCAGCAGAUGCAGCAGCAGCAUUUCCAACACCACAUGCAGCAGCACCUGCAGCAGCAGCAGCAGCUGCAGCAGCAGAUCAGCCAACAGCAGCUGCAGCAGCAGCUGCAGCAGCACCUCCAGCUGCAGCAGCUGCAGCACAUGCAGCACCAGUCCCAGUCUUCUCCUCGGCAGCACUCGCCCGCCACCUCCCAGAUCACGUCCCCGCUCCCCGCCAUCGGGAGCCCCCAGCCAGCCCCCCAGCACCAGUCGCAAAUCCAGCCUCAGACACAGACUCAGGUGUUGUCCCAGGUCAGUAUUUUCUGAGCCGCGUGUGGCAGCUGGAUCCGCGCGGGUCGAGGAGAGCGGCCCAGGAGGGUAAAGCCGGUGUGGCCGGGACGAGGCGGCGGCGUUGGUCACGCGGAGACACGCACAGAUCCCGGGGUGCUCCCGAUGUCUAUUAGAUAGGCAAUAAGAACUACAGUGUAGCUGAGUAUCAUCUUUUAGCUGACGAUAAAUCCCUUUGUUUUUAAACAAGGAAAAGCUGUGCUCUUUUAUGUGAUGCCUUUUUUAUUUAUUCAGGCUCUACCUACAAUAUGUGAAUCAAACCGUUUGAUGAAUCCGGGGACGGACCGAUGACUAUAAACUGGCCUCUCUGAGUCCUAGGAAGUGGCCUUAUUGCUCUAGAAGUGAAUAAACCGCCCUUCCAGGCUAUUUGAACUUCCGAAGCCCUAAAAAAUAAAAAAGCACAGUUGUAACUACCUGAAAUACGAAGAUCCAGUUUCAUACAAACACUUGUAUGACGUGAAUCGUUGAUGGCAUUUUUUUGUCAUGAAAAAAAAAAUAAUGUAAAUCUCAGACUUUUGCCAAAGCUCUUAUUUUUUUUCCUAAAUCUCUCCAGAAAAAAAAAAAAAAAAGCAAGUGAUUAGAUUCAAUUACUGACUCGUGUCCACUUUUUACCCACGUCUUCUCCAAAUCGAACCGCGGUAUAUGUUGUAACGCUCUAUAUGACCACUGUUAGCCCACGACAUUCAUUCCAAUUAGAAAAAAAGAAUGUGAAUAUUAUAUUCUGUGUUUUGAGUGACAAGUUUCGAAAAAUAAAAACACUGUAUUUUUCAAAGGGAAAUGCACUUAAAUGAAAACAGUUAUUACAAAAGUUAAGAUUUAAAAAAAAAAAGCAAGAGUUUUUAUUAUGAUGUAAUACCAGUAGAAUAUUUAAAAGACGCACCACAUCUGAAUAAUCAAUGUAAAUAUUUUCUUUCAAAGUUGUAAGUUUUCAUAUGUGUUGUAAAGUUUUCAUAAAUGAGGCUUUAACGUACACACUGGUGACAUAAACCAUUCAUUGCUACGUUGCUUAUUGUGUUUUUAUGCUGUUUUAUACUUUUUUAUGAGUUACGAUAGCAGCGAUUAAGUUGUUUGUAUUUUGCUUAACUAAAACAAAAAAAAAAUGCUUUUAUCUUGCUAUAGAAUAAACACAUUUCAGUAAAAACUGUGGACUGUAUUUUGAUGCAACAACCAGGAAACUGUUCACUUUUCAAAUAAAAUGAUAUGUCA